UUUCGGUCGAUCUUUUCAGUCGAUCAUUUCCGUAUUGCCCUUGUCAUUAUGCGGCACAGCAGCACAUGAGGGAACAGAUAUGAUAUGGAGUAACCUCCACUCAUAGACUACCAGAGACUACCCGCUCCCUCGAGUUGACUGAAUAUUCCGCUUCUUUCUCGAUAUACCCUUUCUUUCUGAGCUUCGCCAGAUUUUCGUGAAAGCUAGCCAGCCAGCGACACAAUUCGCGAUCGUGGCGGUAAUCAUGGCGAUAAUCAUGGGCAGAGAUCUCGACGACAGCGUCGUGAGUAGGGCCUCGCAGCUGUUUGCCGUCGAUCUUGCAUUCGUUAUUAUGGCCUUUCUAGCGGUCGUUAUGAGGUGUUAUGUGCGGAUUAUUAUGGUGAAGGGGUUUGGUUUGGACGAUUAUACUAUGGUGGCCGCUUUGAUGUCGUACAUCGUAUACUGCUCCUUCUCCAUCAACGGCACCUUCCACGGCACAGGUCGACAUGCCGAUUCCACGCCGAUCGAGGAAAGGAAUAUCGCCAUGUGGUCAUGGUGGUUCUGCUACCUCUUCUACUCCGUCACCAUGAUCAUCUCCAAGGUCUCCAUCGGCUACUUCCUGCUGCGAGUAACCGUCAAAAAAGCACACACCUGGAUCAUCUACGGAGCCGUCCUACUGAGCAUCUUCGCCGGCGUCAUCUUCUUCUUCGUCACGCUAUUUCAAUGCAACCCGAUAUCCUAUUUCUGGAAUCAGAAUCACCAGGAUGGCACGUGCAUUGACCCGAAUAUUAUUAUCGCCCUCGCCUUCAUCUACAGUAUCUUUAGCGUCAUAUGUGACUUCACGCUGGCCCUUUUGCCCGCAUUCCUCAUUGCCGGGCUCAAGAUGAAUAAAAGGACCAAGGUCCUCCUUAUUCCGCUCAUGGCCAUGGGGACCAUUGCGAGCGCGGGUGUCAUCGUCCGCAUGCCGUACCUCACGAAAAUCAAAGAUCCCGAUUUCUUGUGGUCAACAACCGAUGUCGCCAUCUGGUCCACCAUCGAACAAGGCUUGGCCAUCACCGCCGGCAGUCUUGCCACCCUGCGACCCCUUAUCCGCCUUGCCUACGCGAAACUCGGUUACAAGACGAGCCGGCCUUCGAAUUACGGGUUAGGUGGAACAGGAAAGCCCUUGGGCAGUGGGCAUAUAGGCAGCCGGGGCCCGCGAGAUAUGUACAGCCUGUCGAGCGUCCCCAAGGAAAGUGAGCAGGGGUGGAAUGAGCAGCAGCACACCGACGAUCCGCCCAUGGGUAUCAGGACUUUUAUCAGCACGGGCAAACAGAGCCCCAGUGGAAGGACAGACAGCGAGGAAGAAUUGAGGCCGACCGGUAAUUCCAAGGAAGAGAUCGACUUUAGGCGAGUCGUGGUGGCUAAGACCUUUUUGACAACUACCGAAGAAAUGAGGUAGUCAAGAACUUAAUCAAUCAACCUUCCAUGGGUUUCCAAGCAAGGGAGAUGUUCUGCGUUGGCAUAAAGUUUCAUUUCUGCUAAUGCUAAGUCGUGCUAUUUGCUCAAGAUAUGGU